AUGACGUCCAUCCUCUCUGCUCUCCUCUGCCUUGGGCUGAGUCUGGACCAGAGGACCCGUGUGCAGGCAGGGACCCUCCCCAAACCCACCAUCUGGGCUGAGCCAGGCCCUGUGAUCCCCUGGGGGAGCCCUGUGACCAUCUGGUGUCAGGGGACCCUGAAGGCUCAGGAGUACAGGCUGUAUGCAGGUGGCAAGUACUUGAAGAGACAGAAGUCCCUGGAGCCUAGAGACAGGGCCAAGUUCCUCAUUACAGGAAAGUAUGCAGAGAGAUAUACCUGUAACUACCUCAGCCCCACUGGCAGGUCAGGGCCCAGUGACUCCCUGGAGCUGGUGGUGACAGGAUUCUACAGCAAACCCAUCCUCUCAGCCCUGCCCAGCCCUGUUGUGACCUCAGGAGGGAACAUGACCCUCCAGUGUGGCUCAGGGCAUGGAUUUGACAGGUUCAUUCUGACUAAGGAAGGAGAUCACAGGCUCUCCUGGACACUGGACUCAGAGCGACAGCCCAGUGGGUGGUCCCAGGCCCUGUUCCCUGUGGGCCCUGUGACCCCCAGCCACAGGGGGACGUUCAGAUGCUAUGGCUAUUUUGAGAGGCAUCCCCAGGAGUGGUCUGACCCUAGUGACCCCCUUCAUUUAACGGUCUCAGGACCCUCUGGAGGCCCCAGCCCCCAACCCACAGGGCCCACCUUCACAGCUGGUAAUGAAGAAGGACCCUCAGCUCCAGAGGAGACGUGGACAGGCCCCUGCAGAGGAGGAGCCUAG